CAUUUUCAUAAAUGCUUAUCAACAAGACGGUGUACAAAACCAUGAUGCCGGUAAUACUCUUGCAAAUAAAUUACCUCCUAUUCUUCCUCCUAUAUCUGAUCCUCCGUCCGUUCCUCAGGCUGGUCAAGCUAAUCGUCCUUCUCGACCAAGGUAUAAAGUAAAGACAGAUAAAACAGCAUGGACUGUCGAGGAGGAUAAUUUAUUACGCUUGGCAGUUCAACUUUAUGGAGAUAGAUCUGAAAAAUGGACAAAGAUUGCGGCGUGCGUUCCUAAUAGAACAAAUAAGAUGUGUAGAAAACGUUGGUUUCAUUCCCUUGAUCCUAACUUAAGAAAAGGGCCAUGGACUAAAGAGGAGGAUGAAUUAUUGAUGAAGGCUGUUGAAAAGCAUAAAAAAGUGUGGUGUAAAGUUGCUGAAUCUAUUCCGGGUAGGACAGAUGAUCAAUGUGCGAAGCGUUGGAAAGAAUGUCUUGAUCCAGAAAUUGAUCACACGGAAUGGACUGAUCAAGAAGAUCUUUUAUUAAUGCAAAAAUACGCAGAAUUAGGUACUCAAUGGCAAAAAAUAUCAAAAUUUUUUCCUGGACGUCCUGGAUUACAUUGUAGAAAUAGAUGGCGAAAGAUAGAAAGGACGAAAAAAUCUGCAAAGGAACCCUCGCUGGAUAUGAUAAUCAUAACUCCAGAUGAUAUAUCUCCAACCACUUCACCUAUUUUAUCUCCUGAUUUAUCUUUACAAUCAAAUUUACAAUCCAACUUACAACCUCAUAUCGCUCCAACAAUAUAUAAUCCAUCACAAAGUGUGAAGCCGAGUUCGCAGACACAUUUGCAACAAUUGAAUGUACAACCAACACAUUUGUCCACUCAAGACAUAUUAUCUCAAAAUUCGACUUCCGUCUUAGAAUCAAAUUUAUCAACUGAACCAACGGCAAAUUUAGUUACUUCAACAACUUCUUGUGGUCCUACCGACAAUAAAUAUGCCAAACAUCGUGCAAAAUGUAAAUGUGCAAAAUACGCAAAUGAACAUGGACCAU